UGUGGGUUUGUUCACCUGUACAUCACGGUGCAAAAACUUUUUCUUUCCAGCUCCACCCCCAGUUAACCUGUUGCUAGGUAUGAGAGACAGGUUUUUCAGCAGGGAAUACGUGAAGCAGUAAGAUCAUAUCUGAACUCCCAGAAUGGCUACUAAACACAUUUGGCAAAGUUUGGCUCAAGAUAGUGGUCUAUUUAUGUGUCACAUCAAAAAGACAUUUAUUCUGCUGCUCACAGUAGCAUUUUUAUUGUCUGCUGUUGCUUAUGUCUUUGAUUUCUCUUUUGAGACAACUCAGAGGUUCUCUCAAGCCUGGUUGAAUAAAAUCAUGAAUCAGACUCAUUAUAAGGUAAUUAAAAGCACUUCGGCUAAUCGUACUCAAAAGGAUGUAUUAGCACCUUUGCCCAAUCAACAAAUCCAACCAAGAGGUACGGCUAUCUAUCAUCAUGUGGCUCAUCCAAGCAACUAUCAUUUCAUCCUGGAUGAACCUGAUAAAUGUAAGCAGGAUCCAUUCCUGGUCUUUAUGGUCCCUGUGGCCCCCCAUCAGCUGGACGCUCGUAACGCCAUCCGGAAGCACACAUGGGGGAAUGAGAGCUCAGUGCAGGGAAAAGCAGUGCUGACUCUGUUCUUGGUGGGUUUGACUGGAGGAGCUGAAGCUCAACAGCAGCUGGAGGAAGAGAGUCGACAACACAGAGAUUUAGUGCAGAGCAACUUUGUGGACUCCUACUUCAAUCUGACCAUAAAGACCAUGGUGAUCAUGGACUGGCUGGCCACUCGUUGCCCUCAAGCAGCUUAUGCUAUGAAGGUUGAUUCUGAUAUGUACAUAAACCUGGAGAACAUGAUGACCCUCCUGUUGUCACCCAACACACCCAGACAGAACUACAUCACAGGGUAUUUGAUGUGGGACCGGCCUGUUAUCAGAGACAAAAACUCUAAAUGGUACGUGGCAGAGGAAUUGUACCCUGAACCAAAAUACCCCACGUACCUGCUGGGAAUGGGAUAUGUUUUCUCCAAUGACCUGCCAGAAAAAAUAGUUGAGGCUUCCAAGGAAGUAAAGCCCUUUAACAUAGAAGAUGCAUAUGUGGGCGCUUGUCUGAAACUGUUGGGUGUGGCACCCUCAUCUCCCCCAGACCCUUCACAGUUUAGAGCCUAUCUGGGACAAUAUAAUCGAGAAGAUUUUCUAAGAGUUAUUACAACAAUCCUGGGAUCCCCACAGCAGCUAAGAGACAUUUGGAAGGAUGUAAAGAGGCCCACAUAAAAGUACUGGAGCACAAA